AUGGAAGAAAACCAAUUAACGUGCUUAAUAGUUGGAGAAACACCAGCAGCACAAUUUCUAGGAUGGAGACUAAGUUUGAGCAACUCUUUUAUAAUACUGGUCUCGCAAUAUGUGUCUAGUGACGAGUUAGUUGCCUGGAAAUCGACAAAACUAGGCGCCAAUUUCUACACGCCAAACAUUCUCACUAAGGAUAUUAAAGAGCUGCACCACAAAUUAAAACAUAACGGUGCAAAUACGUAUUCAAUUGACAUUGUGUUAGUGUCUGCAAUUUCCUUACAGUCUUUCGAAACAACUUGUCGAUUGUUGUCAGAUUACACGAACGACAAUACGACUGUGCUUAUUAGCACUGAUUUUGGUUGCGAACUGGAGCCCAUAGCCAUAAGUUAUUUUGGAGGGAAGUGCAAGUGUGUUAUUUCCAUUUCGUGUGAGGUUGAAUGCAGACAGUUAUCGCUUGGAUCAUAUGCAUUGGUCAACGACGAUCAAUGUGUAAUAACUUUGGGAUUAACUUAUUGUGAUGCUAAUUUUGAAGCAAGUCCAACCAUUCUGGAAAACACGAAAGCAGCUUCGUUAGAAUUGCAAGGGAUUAAGGGUUCAAAUGUUCGCAGGUUCCUUCUUGGAUUGACCGUUGCGAAAUGGAUGAAAUCUAAAUUAAUUUUGGACCCAAAACAAAUGGCAUUGAAAAUGUGGGAAUUGCUUAUUCCUAAAAUCUCACUUAACAUCCUUUCUAUCAUCUAUGAACAAUUUGAUUAUGAGAAAAUGUUAGAAAACAAAUCCACAGAAAUUAUUUUUAAAGAUCUGGUGAAAGAGUUACUUGGAAUUUGCUUUGCACAAUGUGGAAGCAAAAUUGCAAGGUUUUUGCUAGUAAAAUCACAAGGUGAAGAAGAGAUUAAUUUUGGGAAAAUCGUAGAAUAUUGCAAAGGUAAAAAACUGCAACUUAUCAACUCUACGGCAAACGAACAUCCGGAAUAUUUAUCCUUACCGUUUGAGCCUUAUUGUUUCUACCACCGAUUUGAAUAUCCUGCUCAAAUUCUUUUGCAUCAGCCCAUCAUUUUGGCCAAAAAGUAUGGUGUUUCGUGUUCAAAUUUAAAUUUCCUAUAUGGAUUCUAUACGAGGUUACUGACACUAAGUGGGCUAUCAAUAAAUGGUGGAAGGUGUGAGCAUGCCUUGUCGAUGUUGGACAGCAGGAUUGGUGGUGGUAUUAACGUUGCUUCAGGAAUUAAUAGCGGCCAAGAUUUUACCGAUGGUGAUAACGAGGAUCAAGAUAAAGGCAAAAACAGAGUGGACAAAAAUGUAAAGGAAGGUUCUUUCAUUAGUUUAACACAACGAUUCACGAUGACAAGUCCACUGGGUGUCAAUGAUCCAGCUUUACCAGCGGACUUAGAAAAGUUGUAUUUAGGUGCAGAAUACAUUAGCAAUUGCGACGCAAAUACAUCUGGUGGUCAAAAACGAGUAAAAUCUCCAACUAAAGCAGAUACAGGCUACGAUGAUAAACACUUGCCUGAUGAUACGAUACAUACAUUUGAAGAUGAAUAUUUGGCCGAUGAAGACGACUUUUCUUGCCUUGGAAUUGACAAAAGAAGCUCAACAAAGCCCACAAAGCCUCUAGAAAAAUUUGGAGUGGUUGCUGUGCCACACUUCAUCAGGAGGUUUUCUAUUAAAAGGUCGAGUAAGGAUAAAUCAAAUGAUAUGAAAAGACCAUAUACUACAAGCAGCUUGGAGUUGCAAUUAAGGUCAAAUCACUUUAUGUUCGCCAAAGAAUACCAAGACUUACAUAGACAAUUAUAUUACGAAGUUAAACCAAGGACGCAAUCAGAAUUGGACGCAAGACGUCGAAACUAUUCUGAAUUAGAAUCUCAGAUGUGGAAAAUUAAACAUCGGUUCAAUAUUCAUAGAGGAGCACUGCCUCGUCCACGAACGAAUCCGUAUGAGCUAUUACUGGACCACAUUGAUGUUUUGAACCGUGGCAACACUGGGGAUAUUUUGAGAUUUACCACUAGUAGAUACGGUGGUGUAGAUACGUAUGAUUCCAUCUUGAGGGACCAAUCCACGAUCAUGGAACUUUUAGAUAAACGGUGUGCCUAUUCACCUCCAGUACUGUUCGAUAAUGAGGCUAAAGAACGUGAUCAUGAUCGCGAUUGUUAUCAAGAUUACAAUCACGACCACCGGAGUCAUUAA